AUGCAAAACAAGCUUCUUUACAUAUCCUGGCUGCCACCAUUUACGCGCUCUGAGGUUAUAUCAGACUAUGAAGCCGAGUGCAGACCUGUGAAAUGGGAAGAGAAGCAGAUACGCAGUCUUGAUGGGACUAAAUUGGCCGUUUGUGAGGGCCGCAUUCCAUCCAGCCUUAAGGACCGUGGAUCUACGCCUGGCAUUUGUGCUUCGAGUUCUCAAAACAAGGAGACUGUGGGAUUGAAACGGAAAAGAUCUGUUGUUAUUUGUUAUUUUCAAGGGAAUGGUGGUUCAACGCCUAUGCGAUUACCACUUCUUUCGCAGGUCUUGCGUUCGAUUACGGAAGCUUCUAAAUCAACAGACGGAACGACAUCAGACUCUAGAGACACAGAGUUUACGAUCGUUGCGCUGUCAUACCGGGGCUACUGGACAUCCUCUGGCCGCGCUACACAAUCCGGCAUCGAGAUGGAUGCCCAAGCAUUCUUAGACUGGGUUUCAAAGACCUACGCGGCCCCAGACACCCAUCUUGAACUUGUUCUAUGGGGCCACAGCUUAGGAGCAGCAGUUGCUAGCACAGCAACAGCUACCUAUCUUCCGCGUCAUGAAGACAGGUCGAAAUCAUCUUCGAAGACAUGCAGUGGCCGGCCACUGCCGCCCAUCUCUCGGCUGAUCUUGGAGGCACCGACCUCCAGUAUCAAGGAUAUGUUGAUUGCGCUUUACCCGCAGAAGUGGCUUCCGUACCGAUAUAUGUGGCCCUUUUCUUGGAAUACAUGGGAUAUCAUGGCGAAAAUGAGCGAAAUGGCCAUGUGGAGAGACCGUGGUAAUAGUCUGGCUGGCUCCAAGAGCUUUGUAUCUGGCGCGAUGAAUCCACCACCGCGCUCAAUUCCACCGAUAUUUCUCCUUGCUGCGGAGAAAGAUGAGGUUAUUCCGGCAUACGUGCCGGAUCAGCUAGAAAAACAAGCGAAGUCACUCGGCAUGCAAAUUUACCGGAAAGAUGUCCUAGGGGCAAUGCACACUGAGGGACCACUCAAACUGGAUGGGCGGAAAGCAUUGGUGCAAUUUAUCCUCCAUGGUACCCCGACACCGAAAAGCAUACCCUCAAAAUAA